AUUUCUCUCUGUAUUGUCAGGGCUACCACAGCAAUGACCAUCGAGAUACAAGUACAGCAACAACAGUCGAACUAGUUAACUUAAGUGUUACCUGAAUCUGUAUUUAACGUGGUAUCUAAAUAGCUACCUUUGCUUUUAUUGCCUGGCUGUGCCUCCAGAGUCUGAAGUCGUGUUUACUGGUCCAGCACGCUGUCAAGGCACUACCAUGUCGACUUCUGCUACAUUCCAAACUGAGCUUGUCGCCAUCAUGGAGGUUUUGACAAAAGCGGCGGUGACAGAAAUUAGCAAACUUGUAGAUGAUGGAUAUGCUGUGUUACGCCUUGAAAUAUCCCGAAGUCACCUGGAAAACGAAGAGCUGAAGCGGCAACUAGCGAUUCAGAUGGACACUAAAAGGAGAACGCCACAAAGCUCUAUAACUUAUAUAAACACCGGGGUUUGCAGAGGCCACCUUUAUAAUGAUAAAGGAAGAACUGCAAUGGCAGGAGGAGUCUUUGGCGAGUUUGUAGCCGGCUGGCGUGGAGAUGUAGAAUGCGCCACGAUGGACAAUCGGAGGAAUUGCGACGAUAAGUCUUUAUACCCAUGUGAGGAAAUGGUUGAAUCGCAGCUUAUUAAAGCGGAGAGGCUUGAAGAAGACUUGGAGAGUAGCGAUCUACCUCAAAGACUGAAUAUCUGUGAGAACAGAGCUGUGGAGUCAGAUGGUGGUGAAAGGUCUCCCAUUGCAGACGCACAUAUUGAAUCUUCAGUAGGCACAGGGGACCUUGCUGAGCAGCACAGCACCAGAAACACUGUUUGGGAAGAUGGCACACUGGACACUGUUCUCAAGGCUGAGCCAGAGCAUGAUGCUGUCAACCUCCCGGAUGCAAGAUCUGAACACACAGCAGGGAGACUGAACAGCCUGGAACAUGAAUUUGUUUUUUAUGAAGGACCCAGCCAGGUGGAUACUUUUUUUACUCAAAGGACUGAUGAAACGGAUACUGGAAGUCCUGUCUCCUCUUAUCCUACAGAAUCCAACUCUGUUCAGUCAGAACUACAACUCAUUCCUACCACAGCAAAAGACAGUGGGAAGAAUGUGUCUUCUCUGGGAUCCCUUUGUGGAAAUAACUCUGUUCCUCUUGAAAUGGGAGCUGAUGUGUGCUUUACAUGGAGCAAAGAGUCCCUGUCCCGACCAAGAAGUUCAGCAAGAUUAACCAAACUGGCUUAUGGGCAUGCUGUUUUUGAGAGUCACAAUCAACAUUUACCCUCCACGACUCCUGGGGUUGCAGACACAGGGCAUGCCGUUUUUGAGAGACACGACCAGCAACUACAUUCCUCUACUGAAGGAGUUGCAGACCCAGAGCGUCCAUCUUGCUCUUAUUCGGUAGGAUGUAACGUUGAGAACCGCUUCAUUCACGCGGAGCUGGAGGACCGUAAAAAUCUGUCUCCUUUAGAAUCUAACUCUGAUGCCGCAGAUUCCAGUAUCGCCGCUGUUUGUGCAAAAACCUUGACGGUGUCAUCAAGCCGUAAGAUUCAAUGUAGAGAGAAGAGGCGGCCGAUUUGUACGUUAUGUGGGAAGCUGUUGAGCUGUGCACAAACUCUUGAAGCACACUUGAGAAUUCACACAGGGGAGAGACCGUACAGUUGUACAUACUGUGAAAAAAGAUUCAACCAACUGAGUAAUCUUAAAACUCACCAGAGAACUCACACAGGGCAGAAACCAUACAGUUGCAUCCUGUGUGGGAAGCGGUUUUCUGAUCCUGGUUAUCUUAAACGACAUCAGUAUGUUCACACAGGAGAGAGACCAUUCAAGUGUGCAGAGUGUGGGAAGAGUUUCUCUUUUUCAAAUAAUCUCAUAAGACACCGGAGUGUUCACACUGUAAAGAUUAUUUAGCUGGAUAUGACAGGACAUUGUUCCUUUAUGUCAAAUGAAAAUGCAUGGAAGGAACACUGGAUAGACCACAUGCCCCCCCCCCCUUCCAUCCUGCAAAGAGGAAUUAUAACCUGUGUGAGCAGUUUUAAAUCCUGAAAUGCCACGCACAGUGAAUUGGUGGGCAAGUUAGUUAAGUUUACCCUGAAUUUUAGUGGGUGUUCUCUGAUCCAUAUAGGACUCGAGUGCAGUUGGAUCCUUUUGUUAAAAACAUCAGCAUUUCCAGUUGUGACACUACAUAAGAAACUAUUGAUGUUGACAGUUAAAUGACUAAAAAGUGUAAAAGGCUAUAUGCCUAAAAAUACAUUAACACAGAAAAACAGUGCAUUGAUUCUCUUAAUAGAUCCUUUAUAAUUUGCACUAACACGCUAGAAAACUGCCAUAACCCGUGGUACACACAAACUUACAAUAUUACAAAUAUUUAAUGUUUUAUUUUAUUAGCCUAACAGUAAUUUGGGAGGAGAAUAAUGCAUUGAAUUAUUUUUUCUGCCGUUUCUUUAUUACCCUCCAUAUCCAUUAAAUAUUUAUAAUUUUUAAAUAAUUGAAUGCAAUUAUCUCUAAUUCUCUAUUGUACACAUGAAUGGGUAUGGGCCUAGACAUGCAGUGUAAACAUAGCCUUAGUUGCUCUCUGUAUGUAAAUCACACCUGAAAGCUCAAGUCUGUGACAAUUGAACCACUUGGUGAAAGAAGGUAUUCUCAUCAUGUAUGAAGUUAUUUUCACUAUUGUUUUAAGGCUGCAAAAUAAGUGCUGUGGGUUGCAGAAGUAUUUUGACCCUUGUGUAGUUCUCGCCUCUCUUUUUUUGCCUCAGGGCUUGAACUUGAAAGUAGGAAUGUGAAUAGGACUAUGUAUGAUAAGCACGUUAACAUUCUUAUUCUGUAAGCCAAUUUUAUUAUAAAUGUCGAGUGGCAUCUUUUAUUAGAGGCAGCAGUUAUAGGCUAAUCCACUUAUUUUAGUCCCAUACAAAGUUUGGGGCCAGCUCUAGUGAUCCACUGAAUGUGGAUAUGUGUUGCAUUAUCCACCUAUGCCAGACUUCACCUGCUCAUCUUGCUUAGUUCAGAUUAGAACUAAAGGACAUUUAACCCACUUAACUGGAAUGCCACUAAAGACAUUCCUACUUAAUUUCUGGAAUGUCUUCAGUUGCAUUCCAGUUUUUUUCCAUUGUUUUAAAAUAAAGUGUGUUAAACCUAA